CUCCGGACGCAAGAAACACUCUCGACAUUCAGCUGUGCGUUAAAGAGCUCUCUCUCAGCCUCUGACAUGCCGCGGUCGUUCCUCGUCCGGAGUAAAAGGGCUCAUCCGCUCAGCCCGUUCAAGGGCUGCUUCAGAUAUCGGUCCAGACCGGACGCUGAGGAGCCUGUGAUGAUGAUGCAAGACGGCAGGAACCAUAAAGAUGCUGCGUCCCCCUCGGUGGGGGUCAAAGACGGUCUGUCUGAAGCCUCCUCACCGUGGGCUGGGGUCCACUCUCAUAGUGCCCACACAGAGGAUCUUUCAGCAGCCCCUGUGGAGAAAAAAGAAGCUCCUCCGAUGGCGUCGCCGUGGUCAUCCGGCAGACACCAGGCGUCCGACAGGGAGCGAGAGCUGGAGAAACUGGUCUUCAUGCUGGUCAACCACACGUCACACACCGACCUGAAAUCCCCCGUCAGCGAAUGUCCGCUCUGUGAGAAGUCUCUUUCAGAAGUCCAGCGAUCAGGAGGCGGCCUGCAGCCUCAUCUUUACAGCAGCCUCUCCGUCCCGCUGACAAUAUCCCCCACGGCCACAGACGUGUCCCACAUGGGCUUCGGCUUCAGGGCGGUUGGCAACUAUGGCAGAGCAAAGGAGCGUAGCUUUGCCUGUAAGGUUUGCGGAAAGGCCUUCAAGCGCUCGUCCACUCUGUCCACGCACCUCCUCAUCCACUCAGACACCCGGCCCUACCCCUGCCAGUACUGCGGCAAGAGGUUCCACCAGAAGUCAGACAUGAAGAAGCACACCUUCAUACACACAGGUGAGAAACCGCACGUGUGCAAGGUGUGCGGUAAAGGAUUCAGCCAGAGCUCGAACCUCAUCACCCACAGCCGAAAGCACAGCAGCUACCGGCCGUUCAGCUGCCCCCGCUGCCAGCACAGCUUCCAGCGCAGGGUGGACCUGCAGCGCCACCAAGAGACGCAGUGCAGCUAUGGACACAUGUACACUCCAAUCUGAGCCCAUGAAGCCAGGAGGAGCAGGCAAAACUGGAAGAGAAUGGCUUCUGUAUAUAAUUUACUAACAUUUAAUUGUGUAAAAGUCUAAAAAUAAUGGAUUCAGUGACAGCAUGCAUGUGUAAAAACGGUUGUUUUGUAUGAAUAAAGUUGGACUGGUUUGCUUAAGAAA